AUGAAGGAGUUGGAAGGCUUAGGACCUGUCUACAGGGAAAACUCAGCAGGAGUGAGAACCAAAACUGGAGAGCUGAGACAGAAAGGAUUAGAGGUCAACCAAGGGGAGCAAAUGUUGACUGUAGAGAAAAGACUAAAAAAGAAUAGGGGUGCUGCAAAGAGUCUUAAAGUGACAAUGCCAUUUUCUGUUAUUGGCAGUGAUAAAGUCAUACGAGUUGUUCCUGAGAGUGAAAGGGAAGCACAGAUCCUGAGGGCUGCAUUCAACAGGCUUAAGAUUAUAAAAAUCUUUUAAGAUACCUGGAAAGCAGUGGACACUCGUGAGCUGUAUCAACAGCUUCAGGUGGACUUGUGGCAGCCCAGCAGCCCCUUCCACAUCGUCGAGGGCGCAGUCGCUGACGCGCGGGUACCGCAGAACACGACGCGGAGCCUGCUGCCCUUCCUCCAGCAAGAAAACAUCCAGUACACGGUUCUCAUAUCAGACCUACAGCAAGCAAUAGAAAACCAAACUGGAGGGAGGUCCCACAGGAAUCGAAGGUCCCUCUCUGGGUAUAACUAUGAAGUGUACCACUCCCUGGAAGAGAUUGAGGACUGGAUGUAUUAUCUAAAUAGAACUUAUUCAGAUCUUGUUCAUAUGUUCUCUGUUGGAAAAUCCUAUGAAGGGAGACCACUCUAUGUACUCAAGUUAGGUAAAAGAUCACGGCCCUACAAGAAAGCUGUCUGGAUAGACUGUGGGAUUCAUGCAAGAGAGUGGAUUGGCCCAGCCUUUUGCCAGUGGUUCGUGAAAGAAGCUCUUCAGACAUACCAGACUGAUCCUGACAUGAGAAAGAUGCUAACUCAGCUGUAUUUCUAUAUCAUGCCUGUAUUUAAUGUGGAUGGAUAUCAUUUCAGCUGGACACAUGAUCGAUUUUGGAGAAAAACAAGAUCAAAGAACAUGAGGUUUCACUGUCACGGUGUUGAUGCUAAUCGCAACUGGAAAGUGAAAUGGUGUGAUGAAGGUGCUUCAUUACACCCAUGUGAUGACACUUAUUGUGGUCCUUUUCCCGAGUCUGAGCCUGAAGUAAAGGCUGUUGCUCAUUUUCUUCGCAAACACCGCAAGCAAAUAAAAGCCUAUUUGUCCUUCCAUGCAUAUGCACAGAUGCUGCUGUACCCUUAUUCCUACAAAUAUGCAACCAUUCCAAACUUCAACUGUGUGGAAUCAGCAGCCUAUAAUGCUGUUAACGCUCUUCAGUCAGCCUAUGGUGUAAGAUACAGAUACGGCCCUGCAUCCAGCACUUUGUAUGUGAGUUCUGGCAGCUCUAUGGACUGGGCCUACAAAAAUGGCAUCCCAUAUGCAUUUGCAUUCGAGCUGCGUGACACUGGCCAUUUUGGAUUUUUGCUUCCCGAAAUGCUGAUCAAACCAACUUGCACAGAGACCAUGCUUGCAGUUAAAAAUAUAACUCUACAUUUGCUGAAGAAAUGUCAUUAAGAUGGAUUUCUAGGAGCUGGAAGUAAAUGUUUUACUCUUAGCACUGAUGCCUUUCAGUGUGUUCAGUUUCCAUUCUAAGUUUUGCCACUUCAGAAUUCUAGAAGCUAAUGGGAAAUGUGAUAUUGUUUCUGCCAAAUUAACUUAGUGGAGAAAGGAAAAAAAUCAUUCAAUAUCUGCUCUUCUAAAGUCCAUAAAGUUGGUAUACUAACUUAGUUACUAGUUUGGUGCAAAAUAAUUUCUUCUUUUUGCAAUAUAACUUUAAUUUUGCAAUUUCAGUGAGGCCAGUCCUAAAAUAAAGUGCCACUUCCAGGCAUUUCUGGGCCUUACACCUUUCCUUAACAUGAAGACUUCCCAUGGGGUCUCUCGAACCAAGGGAUAAAGUUUACAUUCAUGUAAAUAUACCCUGUGACCCAGCACAGGUCUGUAUCUACAGCAAUAAAUGCCUUAUAGUGGUAGCUGGCUACACUGCAAGUGGCUAUGUGGUUUCCUUCUGUGUGUAUAGGUACAUACAUACAUAUAUGCACUUUCGUGAUUUUUUUUUUUCAUAUUAUGCAAUAAUUUGAACCAAGGUUUCUUUUAACUGUUCAGAGAAAUCUACUUUCAAAUGUAUAUAACUGGAGUGGACUCAAAAUCUCCAUGUUGUCUUUGAAAAUGUAACUUUCCUAGUGACGUGUAAGAAUUAUAAUGAAAUACUAUUGAGGUAGACAAUAUUCUGCUUUAUGGAGAGACAAAGCAACUUGCCAUGACUUGGAACUUGAAGCUGGCAGUCGACUGGUGCAUCUGUAGACAGUGACUGCCCAUUUCCACCAGCCAAGGAUUUAGCCUUAAACUGUAAUAAACUGUAAUUAACUGAUGUUUUAUUUAUCUAUAUUCUUGCAGUGAGUUCCGUGGCUCUUUGGCUGUGUGGCUCUUCUUCCUGGAAGUUGUAUUUUUUUGCAUGUUUUAAAGGAAUUAAUAAAUUUUUAAUGGAUUCUUAAGUGAGCCAGAGGUGAAGGUAGAAGCCUUACAGCUGAAAUAAAGUGAAUAAGCACCAUGUUUGAAAGAAUAAAGAAAGCAAAGAGAAGAUAACAACAUGUCAAGGGAUUUUUAGUACUUUUAAAAUACCAUUUUUUAAAUCUUAUUGUAUCUGCAGAAGCGUAUAUUUUAUGAAUUUUGAAUUUAAUCUUAUGCCACUACAUGUUAACUAAAAUGUAUUUGUUAAUAAAAUUGUCAAAGAC